GAUUUUUCGAUUUCUUAAUGUCAACUUUUACGAUUGCAUUUGCUAUUUUAAUUAUUAUUGGUGUUGCUUCAUUGAGCAUUAAUUUAUAUCAUCUUUUUCAACCGUCUACUAUAAAAAAUAGAAAAGAACUCUUUUCAAGUGUUGCAAUUAUAUUUGGUCAUUUUAUUUAUAUGUUCCUGGGCAAUUAUUUCGGACAAGAAAUAAUCGAUCAUAGUGUUGAAAUUUUUAACGCAAUAUAUGAUGUAUCGUGGUACACUGCUCCAUUAUCAUCACAAAAGAUGUUACUGUUUUUAAUGCAAAGGAUGAUAAAAAGUUUUCAAUUAGUUGUUUGCGACAUGUUUGUAGCAUCGCUGGAAGGUUUUUCCACGCUUUUUACCAAAUCUCUGUCUUACUUGACAGUAAUUUAUUCUCUACAAUAGCGAUAAGGUUUUCACUUGUCACUCUCAGAUUGUCACACUAAUA